UCCGGUUCCUAGGGAUGCGCAUCCGGGUCACGCUAACGCCGCGGUUUCCUCCAUCCGCUGGGUUCUGCUGUGGGUCUGGUCUGGUACCCAUGUCCUGCUCUGGGGCCUCUGCAACCUUAGGACUGUGAAGACUGCUUGGCAGACACUUACAAUCCAGUCACAUAAGCGUAAGAAAGAAAUAUUGGUCCUCAUGGAAGAAGAGCAAGAUUUACCAGAACAACCAGUGAAAAAAGCCAAGAUGCAGGAAUCGGGUGAGCAAACUUUAAGUCAAGUGAGCAGCCCUGAAGUCAGUGAUCAGAAACCUGAAACUUCAAGCCUUGCUUCAAACCUUACCAUGUCAGAGGAAAUUAUGACAUGCACCGAUUACAUCCCUCGCUCAUCCAGUGAUUAUACCUCACAAAUGUAUUCUGCAAAACCGUACGCACAUAUCCUCUCAGCCCCCGUCUCGGAAGCUGCGUACCCCGGGCAGGCUCCGUACCAGGCCCUGCAGCAGUCUCAGCCCUAUGCGGUCUACCCUCAGGCAACCCAGACAUACGGACUGCCUCCUUUUGGUGCAUUGUGGCCAGGUAUGAAACCUGAAAGUGGUUUAAUUCAGACUCCAUCUCCAAGUCAACACAGUGUUCUUACCUGCACUACAGGGUUAACCACAAGCCAGCCAAGCCCAGCACAUUAUUCUUAUCCCAUUCAAGCUUCAAGCACAAACGCCAGCCUGAUACCCACUUCGUCUACGAUGGCCAGUAUUCCAGCAGCAGCAGUUUCCAGCAUCUCAAACCAGGUACUGUGCUCCUCAUCCUGUUGGAGAUGGGUCAUCAAGCUUGUGCUUCUCUUCCCUCCUUGGUCAACUUGCCAACCUAAAAAACAGCCAGAACUAGGACGCUGGGUGGUUUCUCAGGCUGCCAUCCGCUUCUCUCAUUCCUGUGCUAAGCCUCUGAAUGACAUGGUUCCAUCUGCUCCUUCACCUACGACAUGUGUUUGCCUCCUACCCCAUAAAGACACUGAUGAUCAGUCCAGAAAAAAUAUGACUGGCAAGAACCGAGGCAAAAGGAAAGCUGAUGCCAGCUCUUCCCAGGACAGUGAAUUGGAACGGGUAUUUCUUUGGGACUUGGAUGAAACCAUCAUCAUCUUUCACUCUCUUCUUACUGGAUCCUAUGCCCAGAAGUAUGGAAAGGACCCAACAGUAGUGAUUGGCUCAGGUUUAACAAUGGAAGAAAUGAUUUUUGAAGUGGCUGAUACACAUCUAUUUUUCAAUGACUUAGAGGAGUGUGACCAGGUGCAUGUGGAAGAUGUGGCUUCUGAUGACAAUGGCCAAGACUUGAGCAACUACAGUUUCUCAACAGAUGGCUUCAGUGGAUCGGGAGGUAGUGGCAGCCAUGGUUCCUCUGUGGGUGUCCAAGGAGGUGUGGACUGGAUGAGAAAACUGGCUUUCCGCUACCGAAAAGUGAGAGAAAUCUACGAUAAGCAUAAAAGCAACGUGGGUGGCCUGCUCAGUCCCCAGAGAAAGGAAGCACUGCAGAGACUGAGAGCAGAAAUCGAAGUUUUAACAGAUUCCUGGUUAGGAACUGCAUUAAAGUCCUUACUUCUCAUCCAAUCCAGAAAGAAUUGUGUGAAUGUUCUGAUCACUACAACCCAGCUCGUUCCAGCUCUGGCCAAGGUUCUCCUAUAUGGGCUAGGAGAAAUAUUUCCUAUCGAGAACAUCUAUAGUGCUACCAAAAUUGGUAAGGAGAGCUGCUUCGAGAGAAUCGUGUCUAGGUUUGGAAAGAAAGUCACGUAUGUAGUGAUUGGAGAUGGACGAGAUGAAGAAAUUGCAGCCAAACAGCACAACAUGCCUUUCUGGAGGAUCACAAACCACGGAGACCUAGUGUCCCUGCACCAGGCUCUGGAGCUUGAUUUUCUCUAAGAACUGGAACGAAGACCCUCCCCCGGGAGCUCCUUUUCACCCCUGAAGGGAGCCGGAGACCGGAACCAUCUGGGAACUCUCUCUCUCUGUCUCUGUCUCUGUGUGUGUGUGUCUCCCUCUCUUUCCUCCACGGGACGCUGGCGAGAACAGAACCAACAGCUGCAAGGACGACGCUUAUUUUUGCUAAGAGUGAGCGGCGGCCCCGUGUUCCUCCUCGUGCGGAGGCAGGAGGCAGUUGGAUUGAGAGAACAAUAGACUCACCGCAGCGACAGUGCUUUUAAUUCUUCUGGUUUUUUGUUUUGUUUUAUUUGUUUCAAAAAAUGAAGAAGAGAGAAGGAAUUCUUGGGGCAGAGUUGCACUCUUAGUUCCUGACCAGUCUGAGAACCGCUCUAACGUGCGGUAGCGGCAGUGGCAGGCCUUGUGACACCAUCUCUUGCAGUCUUUGUACUCUCCUUAGCUGUAGAACAUUCCCAGGGAAUGUACAUGUUAUUUUUAUAGGUAAGGGUCUGGUCUCUGAAGCAGGUUUUCCCUCCUUUCUUUUUUCUAGCAAGAAAGGGGUGUAUAAAGUUUCCUUGGAAAAUAGCAACUGAAAUAUCUAAAAUACCUCUCUGUGACAGUGGCGCCUCUUUAGCUGCUCCCGUGGUCUGCUCUCUAGGGUGGCUUCCUUCCUGUUCUUUCAUCUCCUAGUUCGCUGACCUGUGGGGCACUGGACACGGAUUAACUUUAGACUUUGGUGUUUCCCAUCCCAGAAGCCUUAGUCGCCUUUCCAGUCCCUGUCCCCCUUUAACCAAAUGGCACAACCCUAGGAACUCCCCCCCCUUAAGACGGUAAAUUCUAAGCCUUCGGCUUGACUUGCUCAAAGGCUGUGUCCCAGAGGGCUUACCUCUAAACUGGAGGAAAAGGACUUAAGGCUUCAUAUGAAUUUCUGCUGCUUUGGCUCUUGAAACAAGGAGAUUCCGUCUUUUCCUCCCGCAGAGAAGCACCCUUCCCCGACAUGCUCACCCCUACAGUCCUCUCUUCCUUCUGAGUCAUCAGUUCUAGAGUCUCCCCCUUCCCUGCCCUCUGUACCUCACGUCCACCUCCCUGCAGCUCUGGCCAGUCCCUGGGCUUUGGACCCAACAAGUUAAAGCAAGUCUAAGAACAGACUCAUAACUACAUAUGACUUCCUUUGAAGCCCUCAAGCCAAGAGAGGUAUUCUGGGCAUGUAUUUACCCAGAAACUGAAGAACAGAUUGCUGUGAUCAAAACCCAGUUUUCCCAUGGAACACCCUUCCCGCUUCUCAAGUCCCAUUCUAAAAUGGGAAACCAGAAGGCCAGAAAGACUUUCCUGAUUCAAAUGAGGGUGCCAGAACCCUAAUCUAUGCCUGAACAUUUAACCCUGGGCCAGAUGGAGGAACAUCUCUUCCCCUGGCCUGUGGGAAGACUGGUGGGUGCCGGGCAGCUAAUCCCAGCCUUACAGCCCAGCUGUGCUCGUGGAUGCUCCGUCCCUCCGAGACCAGCCAGGGACCAGCCGGGCAGGAGACACUUCCCAGAGCGGAGGAAGCCCCGCCCCUCCCAGGCCGCACGGAGGGAGGCGGUCAUCCAGGCGCCUCAGGCCUGCGGUCUGGGCCCCAUAGGAGGCAUCCCUUGACCAACCCCGGCUGUAGUCACUUGCCCCCCGAGAUUCUGCAUAUCCAUUUCCAGAGAUGCUGCGGCACAGAGGCCAGGCUCCUUCCAACGCCAGGCCACCCAGAUGGCAGCAGAGAAAGGCUGAUAUACACAUUCCUUCAGAACUGAUUGAAAAAGGGCUUCAUUACUCACAAUUUUUAGGGGAACAGUUUUGGGGGAGGAGUUGAAGUCAGUGCUCACGACUCGGCUGCCUCUUUGGCCUUGUCUCAGGGAGGGGAGGGGAGGGGAGGGGAGAUGGGCAUGUACCCUGAGGCCACCCUUCCAUGGUCUGUGUUCAGCAUAGCUGUCCGGCUGCUGCUCUGCCUUGCUUAAUGAUUGAUCGUGGAGAGCUCCACAGUGGGGCUUCCUCCCAGGGCCCAAGCUCUCCCCAUACUGGCCGUGUAACUUGGUUUCUCGCCCUGGACGUGGGCCAUCUGGUUGGCGCGAUACUUCAGGCUCGUGAGGCUGUGGAGCGGCUCCCCCGUCGGGCACACAGGUCUGCGCGCAACCGCUCCCUCUCCCUGCCCUUAGGGAGAGGCUCUUUAUCCCUGUAUGACUUGGGCCCCUCUUUCAAUGGCAUUUCUCCCUCCCCGCCCUGACAGCCCAGCUUCCGUCUUUGCAAAAGGAACUUGACAGUGGCUAAGAGGUGAAGCAGCUCUGUUGAGCCGAACAACCUCUGCAUUUUUCUGGGUGCUGCCCUCCUCAUGAGGCAGACAGAAGACGGGAGCUCCCCGAUUCCUCUUUGCCAAAAUGAGUUGUCCAGGGAAUGCAGUGUUCUCUACGCUGUGUUUUCUUCCUCCCCAGCACAAAGAUCCAGAAAGGAAAAUAAGUGGGUAGCACCAAGAGCUCUUGGAAGCCAAGGGCCAAAGGAUCCCAUGGGUUCUUUCUUCAAGAGGGAAGCCCCUUUACGUGAAUGUGUCCCCAGGAAAUGUGCCACAUAACGAGUCUUUCCCCCAGCUGGGCACUGCGGGUUCUAGAUGGGUCUGCACGUAUCACGGUGAGAACCGACUCUAGCACGGGAUCUGAAGUUGUCAGAUGGUGUCCUGGAUUUAGGAGGCGGCUUGACGUUCGAAUGUAAAACUGACUGUGCCUUAGCAUCACUCUGUCCCAAGGCCGCUGGGGCAGCUGCUGGUGUCCGGGAGAAUAGAUGGCUGUUCCAGAUUUAGAUGCCUAUUUGGGCUUUUAUUUGGUUUGGGGCGUUCCCGUCUUCUGCGCUGCAGGUGGGGGUGGGGGGCGCAAAGCUAGUAUCCCAGGAGACUUGUGCCACAGCUUGUUCGCCGUUUACACAAACUCACCUUUCAAGCUCCAGGUAGAAUCUGAUUGGUGGCAAACUCCACUGUAGCACCUGGAGCGUCGAGAUGUUCACUACGAACGGGUGUCGGUGCCACUGAACCACGGGGGAGAGGAUCUGGAGGCAGAGCCCAUCCCUCCCCUUCCAGGCCAGCGGUGGGGAGUCUGGGCCUUCGUCUCCCCGUUCCUGCCAAAGGGGGGAGUUAGGGCCCUUCUUAAGGAGGCUUCUACUUCUUACCACUAAAUUGGUUUCCUUUCUCAUCCAAAAGCUGGAACUCUCCAGAUGUUCACACUUACAAAGAAGCCAAAUCUGAAUUCUGGGAUUCCAAAAUAUCUUUAACUAGGAGAGAAAAUCUAGUUCUGUCCCGUCCCUGCUAGCAGGCCCUCUGUCCCUUCCUCGCUGAGUCAGCUCCAACAAGCAGGGCUCCGUGGCUAGUUCCCAAUGCACUGACAGGAGCCAUCUCAUUAAGGACAGCUUCUAUUCAGAACAUGACCCUCUGGACUUGCGAUGCCUCAUCGAGCAGAAGGCAUUGAGUGGAUUGGGUAUAUUUAUGUGACUGCGGGCAUUCGUGGCUGUGUAGAGUCCUUGACCAUAAUGUUAUAUGUAAUGGGAACUAUCUUAUGAACUUGAAAGAAUAAAGUUUUUAUUUUCUAUA